AUGAUGGCCCCACCCCUUAAAAAAAAAAAAAAAACAAACAGUGGAAAACAAAAAACAAAACCACGCGAAAACAAAACAACCACAAUGCUUGUUCUUCUGGUUCCAAGAAAAAGCGAGAGAGAAAAUCAGAACGCAACCACCAUGUCCUCCACCUACCUACGCCGAGGACCCCCAUCACCACCACGUUCGCCGGCGACCCUCAUCACCACCUCCGACCACCACGUCAGUGGCUCCAACUUCGGCGAGCACCCCCAACACCUCGCGAGAAUCGCGAAAACCUGCGGAUUUGUCCUAGAUUCAAAUUGGGACGCACUCCACCGCCAAGGAAUGGCUGGAAAAAGGUCCGAUUAUGUUCUUUUUGUUGGAAUAGUCCCUGGAAUAUAUGAAAGUUGGAUAGCUUGGAGGGUGUAUGUCGAAGUUCAUUGCAAUGUGCAACUGUCGUCUCAACCUGCUCAACUCCGCACCGAUUACCCACCUUUGCUUGUACCUUUGGAAGCAAACGUGGACGGCCAUGGUGGUGCAAAUACGUGCAUGUACAUUGCAAUGUUCUUUUCCUUUCUCUUUGCUCGGUGCAAAUAUGUGCAAGCAAACGUGGAUGGCCCUAGUGAACAUGACUCGGAAGACUCCAAAGGGACCUUGCAAGAAGUGACACUCUAGGCUUUUCCUUUCUUUUUGCUCAUUUAUUUAUUUUUUCUUUUAUUGGUGCACUAUCCAGGGUAGAAAGCUGAUGUAAUAAUGCUUAGCUUGUGUCUCCUUUUUGUAUCCUAAUUUCAUGACACAUGUACCUCACUUGAUCGAUGUCAAUGGAUGCCGUACUUUCCUUUA